AUGAGGAUGUUUCGCUGCUUUUACGCACACUGGCUUGUAGUUGCUGCCCUGUGGAGCGUCAGUCACACAAGGUCGUUGGCUGCACGGUCGAGCGUCUCUUCCAGCAAAUCCAAGAGUCUGCUGGACCCCAACGUUAAGGAAUGGGGUGAUUAUUCAGACCUCCCAUCAGAAAUGGAGCGAGGACUGGGUUUGGGUGAAGAUAGACAAAACGGAAACAACAACAGAGAGGGUGGAGGAUUGUCAUCGAGCCUCACUCCUGAGUUGGAGUUUCUCUCUGAUUUUGCAGGUAAAAAGCGAUUAUGGGUAAUAACAGCGCCUUCAUACAACGACCACUACCUUCAAAUGAUGGAGAAACAGCUGGAAGACAUGGAACAGAAAUCCCUAAACUGUCGUCUAGCAGAAAGAGACACGUUCAUUGUCAUCAUCAUCCAAAACGCCAUGAUGGAAGGAAGGAUCCAGAAAACAACCAUACAAGGACAGGCCACAGUGGAGAGCUUAGACCCUGACACUGUCACCAAGUUACUGCACUACCUUGACCUCACCCAGCACCAAGCAUUCAACAUGUUGCUGCUGAAAAAAAACCUGAGAGUCAGCGAGCGGUUCCCUUAUCCUGUUCGGAUAGAAGCCGUUUUGGAGGUCAUUGAUCAGUUGCCUAUGAGGAAGUUGGAGAAAAUCACUAGGAAAGGAUCCAAACUGAGGUGUGAAAAUCCCAAAAAGAAGGUUAUAGUGAAAAGGAAAAAGAAAAAGAGAGUCAAACCGAGCCCUCAGAUGCAAAGCAACGGAACCUCUGUGGUGACGCUGCAAAGAAAGUCCCAAAUGGACAAAAAGGCCGCCCUAAAAAGCAAGAUCCAGGAGAUACUGAACGGCAAGUCGAGGUUUGUCAUUCGGAGGGUGUCGUCUCCGAGAAGAAAGGAGCCCAGCAGCGGAAGCGGUAAUGCUGGCAAAAAUGAAAAGGAAAAAGAGAAUACGCAUCAUCCUCCAGUUAUCCGAAAAGAAAAGGAGGAAGUGAAGAAAGAAAGGCCUCACACUGAAGUGGAUGAAGGAUUGAAAAAAAAUGUUGAGGAGAGCAAAAAGGACGAGAGAAAAGACAACUCCAAGAAAAAGGGCAAAGGGAAAAAAGGAAAAAAAGGAAAAGGCAAGAAGUCUCAGAAAGAAGCAAGUGAGAAGGACAAAACUGCCUUAAAAGAAUUUCUGGAUCAUUUAAAAGGAAAGAGAAGGUUGAUGCUGAUGUCAACCCCAAGCAGAGAUGCGACGCUGUAUGUGCAGCAGAGCACUGAGAAUGAGAAGCAGCACUGUGAGCUGGCUAUCAGGAAGGUCACUGUGGCAACCAUCGUGGGGCAAGGCAAUGAUGCCACCCUCACGUUACAGCACCACCAACUCGAAUCCGAACCUCCAUUCAAUGGAGGACCAAUUCAGCUGUCUGAUUCCGGCCUAAUCUCACUGUUGAGAUCACAGUUGGGUUUGUCUUCCCCCGACCUUUUUUCCAUGACCGUCACCGACUACGACAUCGGGCCCAAUAGAGUGUUUGAGGCACCGCCGUCAAGUCUCGCUAUGUUUGAAUACAUCGACAACUUUCCCUCGAGGCGCCCUGAGAAAGAAAAAGAAAGGAGACGUCCGUCCGCGUGUGAAACAGACAAACAACAGUCUGAAGCUGAGAAUUCCCUGCUCAGGUUCAUGUCAAAGAGGAGACUUCUGCUUGUCUCUGCUCCAGCUGAGGAUGACUAUUCAUUUCAACAGCAGCUGUCUGCUCUCAACGGGCAGGAGUGUCACCUCGGUAUUCGUCACUUUGCCAUGUUGAAGUUAAUUGGUGUUGGAGACAAAGCUUCAGGCACUGUUGAGUUGUUUCCUCUUAAUGGUCGCAGUCAGACUGAGUUGGAGCUGUUGUCGCGUGAUGCUGUGAACAACCUGCGCGAUCAGCUGAAGAUCAGCAAGGACUAUUUCAGUAUGCUUGUAGUGGGCAAGGACGGCGACGUUAAAGCUUGGUUCCCGUCUCCGAUGUGGUCGCUGGAUAACGUCUACGACCUGGUGGACUCCAUGGAGCUGCGUCUACAGGAAGAGAAGCUGCAGAGACAGCUCGGAAUUCACUGUCCUGAGGAACACGGGAGAGGGGGAGGCGAGGGGGACGGUUACCAUGGUUAUGGGGAAGAGCAUCACCACUCAUAA